AUGGCUCGAGAAGACGGAGAAGCGUCCUCCAGUGUUCCCGAUCCUGGGAAACGGGCUCGAGCUCGGCAGGUUCAAUACCGAGCCCCUUAUGGUGAGGGAACCAUGAAUAAUCCCUGGGUGAUCCUGGUAUCAGCUGUGAUAUUAGCCUCUGUGAGUUCUGCCUUGGACAAUGGGCUUGCACUUACACCACCUAUGGGAUGGCUAUCAUGGGAACGCUUCCAAUGUAAUACAGACUGUGUCAACGACCCUGAGAAUUGUAUCAGGUCAGGAAUGAUGAACUUUGAAAUAAGUUUCCAUUCACAAUGUCAGACACUAACUGCAAAUUGCUCUUUCUACUGUAGGUCAAUUCAUAAGCAAUUUCUUUCAUUUUCUACUUGCAGUGAACAUCUCAUGAAGACAAUGGCAGAUUUGAUGGUAUCAGAAGGUUAUGCUGAGGCUGGAUACAAAUAUAUAAUAGUGGAUGAUUGCUGGCUUGCCAGAGAAAGGGAUACUUAUGGUCGAUUGCAAGCUGAUCCUCAAAGAUUUCCAAGUGGCAUAAAGGGAUUGGCUGAUUAUGUGCAUUCAAAAGGACUUCUCUUUGGAAUCUAUGAGGACUAUGGGGAUUUCACUUGUGCUGGAUAUCCUGGUGUCUUAGGACACUUGGAAGUGGAUGCCUACACAUUAGCUUCAUGGGGUGUUGAUUAUAUCAAGCUUGAUGGCUGCCAUUCAGAUCCCAAGGAUAUGGAUCAAGGGUAUCCAGAAUUUGGGCAUUACUUGAACCGGACAGGAAGGCCUAUUGUCUACUCUUGUUCUUGGCCACAAUAUCAGAUGGCCCAUGGAAUCCAGCCAAAUUACACAGCGAUCCGAUCAAUGUGCAAUCUGUGGCGAAAUUAUGGUGACAUUGAAGACUCAUGGGGAAGUGUACUAAAAAUAGUAGACUACUAUGGUGAUAAUCAGGAGUCCCUUGUACCAAAUGCUGGCCCAGGACAUUGGAAUGACCCUGAUAUGCUGAUCAUUGGAGACUUUGGACUGAGUUAUGAAGAGAGCAAGGUGCAGAUGGCACUUUGGGCAAUCCUGGCUGCUCCACUUCUGAUGUCUGUGGAUCUGCGAACAAUUAGACCUGAGUAUAAAGCCAUCUUACAAAAUAGUGAUAUCAUACAAGUCAGCCAGGAUCCACUUGGAAUUCAAGGGAAGCGCAUCUUCAGGGUACGAUGCCCAAGUCCCUCUACUUCCUCACAUUUAAUGAAUUAG